CUUAAACAAAAUGCAAAUCCUACUAGAGAAUAGAAAAGCUUCACCAAAAUUAACCAAUACAGAUAGUAAAGUAGAUGAUCAAUCAUAAGUUUGUGUGUUAAAUCAAAACAAAAACUCACUGUUCACAAGUUGGAUUUGUGCUGUGUUCACGUGCACCCUCCCGAAAUAAUAUCACCAACUAACCAUUAUCUUACAUCUAUUUAUCCUUCAUCUGCAUUUGUUAAUAUUAUCGAAAUCUGUUUGAGCAAUUUUUAUUAAAACGAGUAUCAAAUACUGUAAAAAUAUCCCAGCAUCACACGCACACACAUUAUUAUUGGACCUAGAACAGCUAGAGGUGAUGGCUAAUCUAAAAGAUAAAAUAAAUAUUGAUUCCUCCUCCUCCUCAUGUAACGCUAAUGUUGUGCAAACGUUACCACCAUCGUCGACAACGCCAAUAACCUCAACAAUAACAACCACAACAAAACCAUCAACAAUGGCUUACAACCACAAAAAUAACAACAACACAUGUAACGCUACUAACUUAAAUCCCGACGGCGGUGGAUCACUGUUGGAUGACAUGAACCCAUUUUGCACCAACCCGCCAACUCCGCUGAAACCAACCUUUGCCUUCCCUUGUGAUGUAACUACUGUUGCCGCUUGCUGCCCUGCGUGUUGCUCUACCACCGUUACUUGUGCAUCAUCCCCCUCACCACAACUAACAACAACAACCACAACAUCCACUGCAACCAUUACCUCGAUACACGGGGGCUGCGGCCAUAUCACGUCGGCUCUUUCCACCGGCAUCGAAUCCACUAACAAUCGGCAAUCGUUCGAUGAUUAUUUGGAUCUUAGCGUACAGGAGAUCCUUCAAGAAGGCACCGGCGCAUACCAGUCCAACAAGAAUGGGGCAACGAGCGAAGUUUUGGAUAAGAAAAUCUCAAAAAACCCAAGCACGCCUACUACAAAUGAAGUAGUCGCCGAAAUGUCCACCGCGGAUACAAUCGCCACCAAAGCCCUUCCUUUGGACUAUAACGAAUAUGUCAGUAGCAGCAAUCAACUAAAGUCAAUUCCGGCGAUGACUACAAUUUCUUCGGUAGCAUCACCGCCCUUGGUUUCAUCGCCUACGUUAGCAUCAUCAUCUUCCUCGAGUUCGUCUCCUUUAGCGGUGUCUGGCAAUGUUGUGCGAACGAUUAAAUUACCGGAAACGCAUAUAUUUACGCCUAACAAAUGUGCCAGUCCGGUGUCACGAGACUCCACCGAUCGCGCAAUCGACGUGUAUUGCGAGCCCACUGGAGAUACGCAGUUCGACACUAUGUCAGGAAAGGGCAUAGUGGUUCGCGAAUACCACGAUGUUGAAUACAGUUUAGAAAAAAAUUCAACAAAAAUACACGGCGAAACGAUACAACCAGACGAGGACAAUGAAUUUGACGAUGAUUUCCACGAGUUUCAAAGCGUUGGAAGCACAGUUAUAGCGAACAACAAGAAACCAGAACAAAAAGAAGACCAGCGAGUGCCGGAAUCUAGAAGAUCCCAUCUGGAUGUUGGAAGUGAGUUCACUUUUGGAGACCGAAAGGAAACAACGAAUUGCUACUCUAAACCCGUAUUCGGCACUUCACCAACAGAAGAACUGGAUCAAACAGAUGAUGAGUUCAGUGAAUUCCAAGCUGCUGUUCCUGUAUCCGAAAGUGACAAACCAGUUGUGAACAAACCGAUAGCGAGUGUAGCAAACGAACAACCCAGGUCGAACACCAGUUCUCCUAUACUCCUAAGUCCGUCGAUACUACUGCCACAGCAGGCUAAACGGACCGAACCUGUUGAUAGUAGUCGAACGACACAAAUCAAUUGGCCAGAACCGGGAAUUGAUCCGGAAGAACUUGCUAGAUUUGAGGCAGCUUUUCCUAAGCCCAAAGUAGCAGUUUCAACAACAUCGUCAAAUAAUUGUUCCCCGAAACACACCCAAGUCAAUGUUACUGCUACUAAUGCGGUAGAUGAUGACGAAUGGACCGACUUUGUUUAUUCGAAACCUGCAGCAAUCGAGAAGCCACCUGUCACUACCAAACCAGUAAACCCCACCCCCAAUAAUCAGCAGGAGGAAUGGACCGACUUCAUCUACAGCACUCCUUCAUCACAAAGUUUGUCUUCUAGUCAAAAUAAUUUCAACUAUCACAAUUCAUUCGGUGCUAGUAGUUUGGGUGGGCCGAAGUUCAACUCUUGGAAUCAGCCUCAGCUUCCCCCGCCACAGUUCAGUUCGUGGAACAGCAACAACUACUACUACACUCCGCACACCAACAACGCCAGCUUCGCCAAAUCAACCGUUCCGACUCAAAAAGUGCCAACCUUCUCUGCACAUAGUCAGAUGCAGCAUUCAUCCAUCACGAACAACUACCACCACCAACAUGCAUCAGUUGGAGCGAACCUAACAAACCAGUCUCAGCGUUCUGGGCAGCCGUCAAUAGCUGGUAUCUCUCACCUACCGGAACUGUCCUUCAUCACUCCAAAUGCACCUGCUGGUGGCAACGCACCGGGAGUGAAACCUCUAACACAUUCCUUCCUCAGUAACGUUAUCUCAAGUAACAAUUUCACCAAAAAAUGAUUGUUAUUGUACGACGGUGGCAGUGGUGAAAAUACGGGCGGCUGUACCAAACGAGUGCCACGGGUGUGCGUGCGCAAUCCGCUGGUAGAAGGCACAGGUCUGGAACGGCAGCCUAUUUCUGUCAGUUCUGCUACUCCAGUCGGUGUCACCCUGGGCGAUGUCAUAAUGUAAUAAUGGUUGUACGUUUCCUCCAAGAACAUCACACAACCGAGAUGACAAAGGAUGUAAUAAAACAUAUUUUAGGACAAAAUUUCCUAGUGAAUUAUAAACACAUUUGUUUGUUGGGCUAAAUAUUAUUUAGCGAUUCUAUUAUUUCACCGAGCUUUUAUAGGUACUUAAUUUGUUAUUUCGUUAGAAUAUUGUUUCUUACCACCAAAAAGACAGUGUAGACAUGAGUGAGUAGGCGUCAUCGAAAGUACGCAGGCGGCAAGUUGUGUUAUGUUGUACUUAAAGCAUAAAGCGUAGACUAAGAACAAACAGAAGCUCGUGAAUACAUAUUUCUGCUGCGUUUUUUGCGGAUUAGAUAUAUCAUCGGCCGUUUGAUUGCACCCUUGGGUUGCAAACUACAUUAUGAAAUGAGUAUUCAAAGAGAAUUGUGUAGCUGAAUGUAACAAAUAGUAAUUAAUAGCGGUUAUAUUUAUGUAUGUCGCGCGGCUAGUUUGAAGCAAACAGAACAAUUUUUAAUCAAUAAAGGGGAUACACAUUAUUUAUUUAACAUAA